AUGUCAAGUGCCAAUGACAAAGAGAAAGUUAUAUACUCCAAUCAUCAACAUUUAGUGAUGAUGAAUGAGGUAUUUAAUGAAGACAGAUUUGUUGAUGAGGCUGAGUUGUUGGAUGAGGGGAUUCGAUACUGUCUCCAUAUGGCUAAACACGACUUUGAUCAUCUCGCAAACAAACCGACCAUAAGCAAAUUUCAAGGUUUUGAACCCACACAGACAGAUUUAGAUUCUGUCAUAAUGACUGCUUGGCUAAGACCAGUUUUAAGCCUGCUUGGCUUAACAGAAAUAGAUAUAGAAAAUGUCCAUGGGCAAAUGAUUACUCAGAGUGAUUUAGGAUCGACAAAGACAGACCUUCAGAGUGUGUAG